GUAAACUGCAGUCCCCGGCAUCAUUCAGAAUCCAAGUGCCCCUCAGCGGGUUCCGACCAACAAUUUCUGCACUUCUGGACUAAAAUAGGACCCUUUAACGUGGGAGGGGAUCUGUUUUUGAAGUUGAAGAAGUUUACCGAGUCUUCCAUGUAGACUGAAUCACCGGCUAACAGACUUUGGUGGCAGUGGCCAUGAACUAGAACAGCGUAGCAGCGUCCAGCGAUAGGCCGUUAGCGGGCUGAGCUAGCAUAAAUAAUGCUAUUUGUAUGGGCGCUAACUAGCUAGAUGCUAUUUUGUUAGCAUAACAGAUAGUGAAAUAAGACUUUUGGCGUGUCGUUAUGCCUGUAUGCGGAGUAACCAUUGCGGUUUUACAUUAAAUUAAGUUUUGCUGAGUGUUUAGUAUUUUUAAAGGAAAAUCGGUCGUUGAAACAACAAACGGGAACUUUAACGAAACGUAUCAAGUGAAAUUGUUGGUUUAUUAGAGAAGAUGUGUGUGGCAACAUAAUCUUUUUUUCUUCUUCUUCUUAAACGAUCAAAUAUUGAUGAUCAAACCUGAUUUUAAAACCAUCCGGACUUCAAGUUUCUUCAGCCCUUUUCAGUUUCCCUACACCCCAUCCCUAGGACCGUUGUCUUCGAUCUUUGGCCCAGCUGAACUAGCUGGCCGCUCGGCACUGGGUGCCCAAUGGAGGAUCAUGACAACAUGGACUAUUUUUACCAGCAGGUACUGCAGAAGGAUGUGACACGCAGACUGCAGGUUGGCCAGGACCUCAUCGACUACCUGAACGACCCACAUCGUUCUCCGGACGUGGAGCAGGACAAACCCCGGCUUGAUAAGACCAUAGACGAGCUAACGGGAUGGAUCAACUCCAGCAAUUUCAAGGUGGCUUUGUUAGGGAUAGACAUCUGCGGUGCGUUUGUGGAUCGCCUGGGAGAGCGCUUCAGAGGAUACCUUGGUACAGUCGUGCCAGCCCUGGUGGACCGACUGGGUGACGCAAAGGAUCAGGUCAGAGAGAACAGCCAAGCCCUCAUCCUUCGCCUCAUGGAGCAGACCGCUUCACCCAUGAACGUGUGGGAAAGGCUGACUCCUGGUUUUAAACACAAAAACUACCGUAGUCGAGAAGGAAUCUGCCUCUGUCUCAGCGCCACACUGAGCACGUAUGGAGCCCAGCCUCUCAGUCUCAGUAAAUUGGUCCCGCAUCUCUGCUCUCUGACUGGGGAUCAGAACCCGCAGGUCCGUGAGGCUUCAAUAACGACGCUAGUGGACGUUUAUCGUCACGUGGGAGAGAAAGUCAGGGCUGACCUGGGAAAGAGAGGACUUCCAGUUGCACGGUUACAGACAAUAUUCGCUCGGUUUGAUGAAGCCUUGAAUUCUGGCAACAUGGCUCUGAGCCCGAGUCACGAUCGUAGCUUCGAUGAUGAUGACAGCGUGGACGGGCAAUCCUCUUCAGCUCAGGCUACCUUCAAGGUUCCUAAAGUUCCAAAGAAACCUGCAGAGUCCUCCGCCGCACGCAGGCCCAGCGCUACCAGCGGCAAGCUAGUUUCUAAGGAGAGUGCUGGGGCAGUUGAUGAAGAGGAUUUCAUUAGAUCCUUUACAGAUGUCCCUACUGUUCAGAUCUACUCUACACGGGACCUUGAGGACAACCUCAAUAAGAUCCGUGAGAUCUGCUCUGAUGACAAACACGACUGGGACCAAAGAUGCAUCGCUCUGAAGAAAAUCCGGUCCCUGUUGGUGGCGGGCGCAGCCACCUACGACUGUUUUUACCAGCAUCUACGGUUACUAGACGGCGCCUUCAAACUUUCGGCUAAAGACCUGCGUUCACAAGUGGUCCGAGAGGCCUGCAUCACUGUGGGCCAUCUCUCGUCAGUCCUGGGGAAUAAGUUCGACCAUGGAGCCGAAGCCAUCGUCCCUGUUCUGUUCAACCUCAUCCCCAACUGUGCUAAAGUCAUGGCCACCUCUGGUGUAUCAGCCAUCCGCAUUAUUAUACGGCACACUCAUGUCCCACGGCUCAUCCCUCUGAUUACCAGCAACUGCACUUCCAAGUCUGUGGCUGUGAGGAGGCGCUGUUAUGAUUUCCUGGACCUUCUCCUGCAGGAAUGGCACACCCACUCUCUAGAAAGACACACUGCAGUCCUGGUAGAGAGCAUCAAAAAGGGUAUCCGAGAUGCCGACUCAGAGGCCAGAGCGGAGGCCCGCAAGGCCUACUGGGGUCUGAGGAACCACUUCCCAGCAGCAGCCGACGCUCUUUACAACUCCUUAGAAGCGUCCUACCAGAAAACGCUGCAGCCCCACCUGAAGAGCUCCGGCAGCGUGGCCUCACUUCCCCAGAGUGACCGCUCCUCUUCUUCCUCCCAAGAGAGCCUAAACCGUCCUCUGACUUCCAAGUGGUCGGCGGGUCCAGGUCGAGUCUCUGCCAGUACGAGGGGCGGGGCUUCGUCAGUGUCCCUGCAGCGUUCCCGCAGCGAUGUGGAUGUGAACGCAGCAGCGGUUGCUAAAUACCGGAACGUCGGACAAACCAGGGGAGCGAACCGUCUGCCCCCCGGCUCCUACUCCUCUCUGGCAGGCCGAGCUCGCACAAAGCAGCCCUUGACGACCGCCAGCAGCGUGUCGAGCCAGGUGGACUCUAGAGGGCGCAGCCGCACUAAGAUGGUCUCCCAGUCCCAGCGUUCCGACGAAUCCGAUUGCACACCAGGAUCUCAGUCUGCUAACCCUGUUGGUGCUGGCAGUCGGAGUGGCUCUCCUGGUCGCGUGCUGACCACCACAGCUUUGAGCACCAUGAGCUCAGGGCCUCACAGGGUGCUGGCCGGAGCCGCAGGGGACGGUCACAGACGCAGCCGCAUCCCCCGCAGCCAGGGCUGCUCUAGGGACUCUUCGCCCACUCGGCUCUCUGUCGCUCCUUCUAGCUUUAGUUCAAACUACAACGGUGCCAGCAGAGGAGCUCGAGGCAGUCGUAUCCCUCGGCCCAGUAUGAGUCAGGGCUGCAGCAGGGAGGCCAGCAGGGAGAGCAGCCGGGACACCAGCCCCGUACGCUCCUUCACACCUCUUGCCACUAGGAGCUACUCCCGCUCCACCGGAGCACUCCACACACCUGACGCUUUUGGGGCUGCAGGAUCGGGUUAUGGCAUCAGUCAUUCCAGCCGUCUUUCUUCCUCAGUCAGUGCCAUGAAGGUCCUCAACACUGGCUCGGAUGUAGAAGAGGCACUCGCAGAUGCGCUGCUGUUGGGAGACAUGCGAUCUAAGAAGAAGCCAGCACGGCGGCGGUAUGAGAACUACAGCAUGUAUUCUGAUGACGACGCCAACAGCGACGCAUCCAGCGCCUGCUCCGAGAGGUCCUACAGCUCGAGGAACGGAGGAGCCAUCCCCACCUACAUGAGGCAAACUGAAGAUGUGGCUGAGGUGCUGAACCGCUGCGCCAGUGCCAACUGGUCUGAGAGGAAGGAAGGACUUUUAGGCCUACAAGCGCUGCUCAAGAACCAGCGCACACUCAGUCGGGUUGAGCUGAAGAGGUUGUGUGAAAUCUUCACCAGGAUGUUUGCAGAUCCUCACAGUAAGCGAGACUCCGGCAGGGUGUACGGCACGGCAGAAUCCGGUAUAAGCUCAGCCUCCUUCAAGAGAGUGUUCAGUAUGUUCCUGGAAACCCUGGUGGACUUCAUCCUGGUCCAUAAGGAAGACCUGCAGGACUGGUUGUUUGUCCUGCUCACACAGCUGCUGAAAAAGAUGGGAGCAGACCUGCUGGGCUCUGUUCAAGCCAAAGUUCAGAGAGCUCUGGACAUCACGAGGGAGUCUUUUCCGAAUGACCUCCAGUUCACGAUACUUAUGAGGUUCACGGUGGACCAGACCCAGACGCCCAGCCUCAAGGUGAAAGUGGCCAUCCUAAAGUACAUCGAGACGCUGACGCUGCAGAUGGAAGCCCCGGACUUUGUGAACUCCAGUGAGACCCGACUCGCCGUUUCUCGCAUCAUCACCUGGACGACUGAACCUAAGAGCUCAGACGUCAGAAAGGCAGCACAGGCGGUUCUGAUCUCCCUGUUCCAGCUCAACACUCCAGAGUUCACCAAGCUGCUGGCAGCUCUUCCCAAAACCUUCCAGGAUGGAGCCACCAAGUUGCUCCAUAAUCAUCUAAAAAACACAGGCAAUACAGCCCAGGCACAAAUGGGCAGCCCGCUGACACGCCAUACCCCACGAUCUCCAGCCAGCUGGUCCAGUCCCAUCACCUCACCAACCAACACUUCGCAAAACCCCCCCUCACCAAGCGCAUUUGAUUAUGACCCGGAAAACCUGAACACGGAGGAGGACAUCUACAGCUCCCUGAAAGGCGUCACUGAGGCCAUCCAAAACUUCAGCGUUCGCAGCCAGGAGGACAUGAAUGAGCCUGUCCAGCGGCGGGAUGGAGACGAGGGAGGAAACAUGUCAGACUUGAUGGAUGGCGGUCGAAUGGCUCUGGACAACAAGACUUCACUCCUCAACACCCCCCUCCUCACCUCCAGCCCUCGAGUUGGCCAUGAUCACUUCUACGACCCCCCCUUGAAACAGAACCUGAAAGACAUCAGCCUGGACGAAUCGGGGCAGCUCACCGACGAAAGCGGCCUGGAUCAGUCGGAGCGAGUGGCUGAGCUCCUCAAGGAGCUGUCAAAUCACAACGAGCGCGUGGAAGAAAGAAAGGCAGCGCUUUACGAGCUGCUCAAGCUGAUCCGUGAAAACACCCUGCAGGUGUGGGACGAACACUUUAAGACCAUCCUGCUGCUUCUGCUGGAGACGAUGGGGGACAGAGAGCAUGUGAUCCGAACUCUGGCUUUGAGGGUCCUGAGGGAGAUUUUAGGCAAGCAGCCUUGGAGAUUCAAGAACUAUGCAGAACUCACCAUAAUGAAGGCCUUGGAGGCGCACAAAGAUCCUCACAAAGAGGUGGUUAGAGCCGCAGAGGAGACGGCUGCCAUGUUGGCGUUAUCCAUCAGUCCAGACCAGUGUAUCAAAGUGUUGUGUCCAAUUAUUCAGUCAGCUGAUUACCCCAUCAACCUAGCUGCUAUCAAGAUGCAGACGAAGGUGGUGGAGAGGGUCCCCCGUGAGGGCCUGGCCAGCAUGCUGCCCGAGAUCGUGCCAGGACUCAUACAGGGUUACGAUAACUCAGAAAGCAGUGUGAGGAAAGCCUGCGUGUUCUGCCUGGUGGCCAUCCACGCGGUGAUAGGAGACGACCUCAAACCGCACCUCAGUCAACUCUCCAGUAGCAAGCUGAAGCUGUUGAAUCUGUACAUCAAGCGUGCCCAGUCUGGCUCCGCCGGCGGCGAAUCCUCAGUCGACGUUCUAUAGAAGUCAAUCCUGCCAGAGUGGGACCACAGAACUGCUACUGUCCCCAGCCAACAUGAAACACUCUCUCCUCUGAUCACACCUACUCUUUUGUUUUUUAUUAUUCAUAGAAAGAUGCUGCCCGGCCUCAAAGGUACGACCCACCGGCUCUGCAGCAAACUAACACAUAAAACUGGUUUUAAAUUAAGUGAACCAUGUCCAGCCCUUUCAGAUGGAUCCCAGGUGGUUUUUCAUUUCUGCAAGCUCACGUUUGAUCAGCCCCACUUCUGAGGAUGAUGGGUGUAAUGCUGCUUUAUACAUGAAGUAUGACCAGACAUGGCUAAUGAUCACUUAGUGGACAUGUAUAUCUAUAUGAUAAUAAAAUGGAUUAUUCAAUAACCAUCCCUCCCACCCAGCCUGGGGUGCUAGAACGCACCCUCACCCAUCCAUCCAUGUUUUAUUUCCCUCCGUUGCGUGUGCUGUAGUCUUACACUCACUGUUCUUUUGUUGAAAUUUGUAGAAAUGUAUUAUUUACAGAUCUGGAAAAAAAAAUGUCACGUUUUAAGUUUUCUCGUUUUCUUGUUCACUGUAUUUCUUUAUAACAUUCUAGUUUUCUUUGUGCAUUUAAAAAGCUGUGCUUACAACGAAAUAAAGAACUUGUACAGAUCAUGAC